CAUCCUAAGUUUAGGCGAUUUGUCCCUUAAUUUACAGUCUGUAGUGGGAGCAUAGGAUUAUAGUGGGCAAAAAAAAAACUAAUGAUUCUCCAUACUUUUUAUAUCCUUCGUGCUGCUGGCUUUCAUCAUAUAAUAAAAUCUCCAUUUCCUUUUCUUCUGUUAUAAGAUGACUUUUUCUUUUACUAGACAUACUUUUAAUUUAAUGCAUGCUUUCUUUACCAAGCUUUAUUUAGUGGACCCUUUUUUUAUGUAACAUUUUUUUUUCUUCUAAGGGGUAAUGUAACACUUUUAUAGCAUAUAGUUUCAUCAUAUAUAGGCAAUAUAUAUUAGGAAACAUUGUAAAGAUGAAGUAAGAAUUCAUAAUAAUACAGAGGAGAAACACUAAGAAAUAAUCACAAAAGAAAGAAUUAGAGAAGAAUUUAGGAGUUAUUUUUGUAAGAUGGGUAAGUAUAGAUUUAGAUUAUCUGAUAUGAUGCCGAAUGCUUGGUUCUACAAGCUUAAGGACAUGGGGAAGGGAAGAUCAACAAAGUCGAAUACUCAUGCUUCGAAAAGUAUCAAGCAAUCCUCUGUUACAGACACUCAAACUAGUGUAACAAGCACAAGCAUCACUAAAUUUCGGCACCAAAAUAGCUCUUAUGCAUGUUAUACUAUCCCUGCAGGUACUGCAGAACCCCUGAACAGGUUUACUGAUCCCAUGUAUAGUUCACCCAGGAACUAUAGUCGAGUCUCGGAUGCUCGUUCUACUACAAGUCCCUGCAGAAAGUCGUCUAAUAAUGCUCGUAGAAGAAGCAGAAGAACAACAAUUUACAAGCAGAAGAAUGAAAAUGGUUGUACUGCUGAUCAGCCUUUAUAUUAUUCUCUUUCGUCUAGUGAGCUUGGCUCUCCUGAAGUCGUUAUUUCUGUGCCUAAUGAUCAUGGCAGGAAAAGCGCUAGUGUUGAUUUUGGGCCCGAGUUAUUGAUGUUUGAUGAAGUAGGUUCUUGGAGCUCAUCAUCGUUGCGAUCAUCAUGCAGCUGCUGCUGCAGGAUUAGUUCCUCUACUGCAGAUAUCAUCAUCGACUUGAAUCAUCAAGCUCAUGAAGAAUCAUCCUUCAGUAGAAAGUUUCAGAAGUUGAACGAGUUCGAUGCAGCAUCAGAGCUUGAGCUGCGCCCUAUAUUGACAAAACCUCAAGAUGAACCAAACUUUGACAUGAUUGACAUCAGAGGAUUAAGCACUGUCAUCAGGAAAUCUGCAGGAAAAGAGAAGCCUGUCACUGAUAAAAACAAUAAGUAUGUCAAAGAGGUAAAAUCGCGAAGGUCAAGUCUAUCAGAUAGCUUUGCUAUUGUUAAGUCGUCGUUAGACCCUCAAAGAGAUUUCAAGGAGUCUAUGAUGGAGAUGAUCCAAGAAAACAACAUAAGAGAGUUUAAAGAUUUAGAAGACCUUUUAGCCUGUUAUCUUUCACUGAACUGUAAAGAGUAUCAUCCUGUUAUUGUUAAGGCUUUCGAGCAUAUCUGGCUCAAAAUAUUCUGCUCUUCAUAAUAAGGCCUAUCUAUUAAAAAAUUGUCCUAGUUGUAAUCCUGUAGUUUUUGAAAGAUUCUCAUGUACAUAAUGCUAAAUAAUCAAAACUGUAAAUUUCUGUUUAAGGGUCUCAGCAUCUUUUAAGCCUUUCCUACAUAAUUUAUCGCUGUUUUCUAUUGUUUCAGAAAGAAUUUUUUACAUGACCAAUCAGACGACAUUCACUCGUACAUAAGUCAAUUCAACAUAGAUUCAGACUUUCAGAGCAUACAUGAUUCUC